AUGGAUUUUGAGUAUGAAAACGACAAGUCAUUGAGCAAGAUUCUUUCAAGAAGAUCCUCUGUGGGAUGCUCCUCUCGUAUCUCUUACUAUAGAAGUGGGGAAGGGGUUCCAUUCAAAUGGGAAAUGCAACCUGGGAUUGCAAAGGAGCAGCCAAAAGAAGAGCUUCCUCCACUCACUCCACCACCAGCACUUCUCAGCCAAGGCCUACCCAAGCCAUGCAUUUCAUACUCCAAGGCUUCAACCCGAUCAAGGCUUUGGUUUUGGAAGAAAAGUGUAAAAAAAGGAAAAAGCAAGAAGACCCAAGAUUGUUUUCAUGAAGAUGUUAUUGCUUUGGACAUAUUAGAAGGAUUAGAUUGCAGCUCUGAUUCUGACUCUAUGGGAUCCCCUCGUGGUUCAAGUUUUUCUUCUUCAUCGUCUAUGUCAUUCAUGAAGAGUCCUAUCAGAGAAGUAUAUGGAAGGCCCUUCACCUUUCGUUGCUUCCCCAUGCAUGUUAGCAGAGUUCUCUUGUCAAUUACAAGGCGUGAAUGA